AUGGCCCAGCACCUCAACUUCAUCAUCGUCCUGCUCGCCCUGGUCGCCAUCGCUGCCACGGCCGUCCAGGCCACGGGCGGGCUCUUCGGUGGCGACUACUGCGACGACUCGGCCUUCGACCCGAAGAUGAUUCGCGCCGCCGACUUUUACCGCCAGAAGGGCCUCUUCGCGUCGGCCUUCGCCCAGUUCCGGUCGUGGACCCGCGAGGCCAACCUGACCAGCGCCGCCGAGCUCCAGGCCGUGGCCGACCAGCUGGCGGGCCUGGCGGCCACCUACGCGGCCGAGUUCGACUCCGCCACGCAGGGGUUCACCAUCACCCGGUCGUCGGGCAUCAUCAUCAUCGACACGGCCUCGGCGCCGACCAUGGUCAACCCCAACCUCGAGAACCACAACACCCGCUACGAGUACGCCAAGGCCAUCCAGUGCCGCGACCACGGCGCCCCCGGUCGUAAGACGCUGCACUUCUUCGCUAAGGCCAUACAGACUGGGCUCGACGGGACCUGGUUUGUGUUCCGCAUCAACUUCUUUGAAACCAACUAA